AUGCAAUAUGCGGACCCUGGUGAAGGCAUUGCUUCUACUCUGAAACUGAAUAGCCAUGAUUACGCUGUUGCUCUUACCGUACUGUAUCCCACAUAUAUUGCAUUCGAAAUUCCCUCGAACCUUUUGAUCAAACGCGUUGGUGCAGGUAUUUGGAUUCCGGGUCUAGUUACUAUGUGGGGGAUUGUUGCUACCCUGCAAGGUCUUGUCCAGUCCAAGUACGGCCUGUAUAUCAAUCGGAUUUUCCUAGGUCUUACAGAAGCUGGUGUCUUACCCGGUAUUGCCGUCUACCUCACAUUCUUUUACAAGCCACGCGAGCUGCAGUUCCGUCAGGCCAUCUUCUUCACAGGUGCAUCACUGAGUGGUGCCUUCUCUGGCUUGCUGGCUACCGCGAUUCGUAAGAUGGAUGGUAUGCAAGGCCAGGAAGGAUGGCGCUGGGUAUUUUACUUGGAAGGAAUUUUCACAGUUCUUGCCGGUGUAUGCUGCUUUUUCCUGUUACCGAGUACGAUUGAAAAAUGCUGGGUCUUGAACCCGACAGAAAAACGCCUCAUGACUGAGCGCUUGAACAUAACACGCCAUAUUUUCCGAGAGCGUCCUGAGUUGAAGGAUAAGGUGGAGACCACGUACAGCGAAUAUUACCACUCAAAGGAAUUCGACUACUCAGAGUUGUGGCGCCAAGAAAUUAAGCGGACUUUCCUGGACCCUGCAAUUUGGCUCAUUUGCGUGUCGGGCUUCUGCAUUGCCCUGGUAGUAUACUCCAUUGCCUACUUUGCCCCCACAGUCGUUCAAGAAAUCAACACGUACUCGCCUGUUCGUUCAAUGCUGAUGUCUUGUCCGCCCUUUGCUGUGGCUUUCGUUUACAGUGUGGCUAUUGCGGUUGUCUCUGACCUGUUCCAACUGCGUAUUCUUACUGCUCUGCCGGGUCAGGCGCUUAGCUUGAUUGGCUAUGUCGUAAUGUAUGCUUGCAAGGACCCCAUGACUCGCUACGGUGGUUUGAUUAUGGCCACGGCUGGUGCGUACUCUGUCCCUCCUGCUCUCUUUUCGUGGAUAGCCAACAACUCCUCCGGUCAUUACAAGCGCGCCACAGGCUUGGCAACUCUUAUCAUCUUUACCAACAGUGGUGGUCUUUUGUCGUCGUGGCUUUUCCCUGCCGAGGAGGCAAAGACACGAUACAAGCGUGGAACACUGGUCAUCCUCUCUCUUCAAGCUUUGGGAGUCCUUGUUGCUAUCCUGAUCGAGGCAUAUUACCUGUACGAACGCAGGAUGCGAGCCAUUGGUAAGCGCGAUCACCGUGUAUUAAAGCGACGUGGACAACACAACUGGACAGAUGACGAAAUCCGCGCAUAUCUGGGCGAUAGUCACCCUGAGUAUCAGCUGGAAUUGUAA